AUGCCUUCCUCACCGCUCUUCUCUGGGAAUGCAGACAGCCUAUUCUCUCAACACAACGUCGACAAUGAUACCCAUGAGGAACUGGAAAUGCGUGGACCAGCAACAACAACCCCCAUUGCCAUCAACAAACACGAUGAAGCAGCUCUCGUGUCGCGUCUCGAUAGACGACUUUUAUGCUUUGCUAUGUUGGGAAACCUCGUGAAGACGAUGGAUAACACGAAUAUCAAUAGUGCGUUUAUCAGUGGUAUGGAACAAGAGCUUGAUAUGCAUGGCGUGGACUUCAAUUGGUUGACAGUGCUAUUCAUGAUUGGAUAUCUCAGUAUGCAAAUCCCAUCCAACAUGCUCCUUUCAAGAUUACGGCCUUCCUUAUACCUACCAAUGAUGGAGAUUGCCUGGGGUGUCUUGACACUUGGCAUGGCAUGUGUACCAUCUAUACAUAUGGCCUAUAUCUUACGCUUUUUCCUUGGUGCUUUCGAAGCUGGUUUCUAUCCUGGCAUCGUUUUUCUUGUUGGUACUUGGUAUUCACGCAAAGAACUCGGGAAAAGGAACGCUUGGAUUACAAUGUGUGGAUCAUUGGGUGGUGCCCUGACCGGAUUAAUGCAAGCUGGCUUGCUAAAAUGGUUCGAUGGUACUCUUGGAAUCAGUGGAUGGCGAUGGAUGUUUGUGUUGGAUGCUGCCUUGACCUUUUUACUCGCAAUCUAUGGAUACAAGUACCUCCCGGAUUACCCCGACAACACGUUAUGGCUUAGUCAAAAGGAACGUACUUUGGCUGUUGAACGUUUACAACGUGAAGGUCACGAGACAAAGAGUGGAUCUUUACCAACAAUGGCACUGUUACGCAAGGUCAUUGCCAACAAGUUUCUUUAUUUUUUCGUGCCAGGUUGGACCUUGACACAUUUGGCUGUGGGAGCUUCCCAUGUACUUGGAAUCGUAGCAAAGAAAAGCGGGUACGAUGCAAUCACGGCGAAUUUGUUUACUUCACCAGAUCUCAUCAUCAGUAUGUUGGCGGGGAUUACCAAUGGGUUUCUCAGCGACUACCUUGGAUCACGAUUGAUGUGUAUUCUUCCUCAGCUUGCGAUUGCAACAAUUGCCUACAGCCUUUUGGUGAUUUUUGUACAGCCAUUUGGGUUCUUGUACUUUGCUUUUAUCUUGAUGCAUGCUAGUUUGGCUGCGACAGCACCGGUGAUUAUGACUUGGGCCAGUGAGAUUAUACGAGAAAAUGUGGAGCAACGAGCCAUAUCGAUAGCAAUCAUGAAUACCUCCUCCUCUGCAAUGUAUACUUGGGCUCCUCUUGUACUUUGGCCAGUGACUGAUGCUCCAUUCUAUCGCACUGGAUUUCGAGCGGGCUUCGUCUUUGUAAUUGCAAGUGCUGUGUGCUUUGCUAUCAUUGGUUGGUUGGUUAGGAAAGAUCCAUCUCGGAAACCAAAGGAAGACGAUGAUAUUCAGCGGGAAGAUGACAUACCUUUGCUGAUGGCUCAGGAAGAACGGCUUUCUUAA